AUGUGGCUCUAUUAUGGAAAACUAACUGGGGGCGUUAACAAAGAAGGAAUCAAAUACUACAACAAUCUCAUCAAUGAACUCCUACGUAAUGGUUUAAAGCCGUUUGUGACACUCUUUCACUGGGAUCUUCCUCAAGCUUUAGAAGACAAAUAUGGUGGUUUCUUAAGCCCUCAUAUUAUCAAUCAUUUUCAAUACUAUGCAAAACUUUGUUAUAAGGAAUUCGGAGAUCGGGUAAAGCACUGGAUCACAUUAAAUGAGCCAUGGACCUAUAGUAUUGGUGGUUAUGCAGGAGCAGGUUUCGCACCAGGACGAUGUUCAGAUUGGCAGAACUUAAACUGCACUGGUGGAGAUUCAGCUACUGAACCAUAUUUGGUGGCACACCACUCCUUACUUUCUCAUGCAGCUGCUGUAAAAGUGUACAAAGAUAAAUAUCAGGCUGCUUCAGAAUGGCUAUAUGUUUAUCCAAGAGGAAUUCAAGAUCUUUUACUAUAUACAAAGAAAAAGUAUGAUGAUCCACUAAUUUACGUUACUGAGAAUGGCAUUGAUGAGUAUAAUGAUCCCAAAUUAUCACUUGAGGAAGCCCUUAAUGAUACCCAGAGAGUGGACUACUACUACAGUCACCUCUCGUACCUUCAAAGAGCAAUCAAGGAUGGUGUCAAUGUGAAGGGAUAUUUUGCAUGGUCAUUACUAGACAACUUUGAGUGGAGUUCUGGAUACACUGUUCGGUUUGGUAUCAACUAUGUGGAUUACAAUGAUGGACAGAAAAGAUACCCGAAAGUUUCAGCACAUUGGUUCAAAAGUUUCCUAAAAAAAUAUUGAACAAAUCAAAUUAUAGUUAUUGUACGUAACAGAUGAUAACUCAUUCCAUAUUUGUAUUACUUCA